UGAUUAAUAGUCUUAAAAGCCAAACCAGAUUCGCUCACACUGGUGACGUUUGUUACUUCUUCACAAGAGAAACAGAAGCGUUGCUCCCAGGAAACGUCUUUGAAGGUGCAGCAUCGAACUGUAUCACACAGGAAAUGCUCGCUAAAGAUUUCAGUCUAUUUGAUUCUGAAGAAGGGCAGGCUUGAUUUCCUGAUAUAAAGGGACCAGAGCCACCCAUUUCAACAAGAGCUUAGGUGGGUGGAGAUGACCUCUAUGAUUAUCAAGUUAGAAAGCUUGAAGGCGAUUUCAACUUUUUGUGCAUCUCUGAAGCUUCCAAGGAUCCUCAGAGAAAUGAAUUUAAAUCAGCCCAAAAUUCUGAAGAGAAUAAGGAGGACAUAAGUUGCCAUCAAGCCAAUGCUCAGUCUGCCUCUGGUUCUAGUUGCUCUUCUCGUAGAAGAACUAAGGCAUCCUCCUCAGGAAGAAGCGAUGUUGAGUUCAAGGCAGCUCUGAGACUUAUCAAAAGAUUCUUUAAAAAUGUCUUCAAGUCUAAGAAUACCGAAAUUAUUAGAAGAAGGUAUAUUAACUGAGAUAUGCAAGAAGUCCAAUCCCAGAUGAAAAUACUACUUUGUGAGUUCUUUCCUCAAGAAGAAAUCACAGAAGAGCUUGUGGACUACACCAUUGGUGUUGUUAAUCCCAAGUGGGGAUCAAGACUUGAUUGAAGUAAAGAAACUCAAGAAGAAAUUUCGAAGUUCCAUACAUGUUGUCAGACAUUUUCAAAGAAGAAAUUCAGUGCUCUCCUUGAAUCUCAAAAUUUCAGAGUUCUCUGUAGCUAUCCGACCCAGAAAUUGGAUGAUCCUCGUAUUAGAAUCAUCAAGCAAGAGCUUGAGCAAAGUUCAACUUAAUAGAGGCAGAACAGGAAGCAUUCACUAAUCUAAUUUUAAUAAAAUUUACUCAAACAAAGUUCUUCGAGUUUUAAUUUUUAUGAGAUUUCAGUGCAUCUCUUUCAGUCUUUCUGAAAGUUCUCAUAGUCUACAUCAAUCCUGUCAAAUGCUUAAGGGUUCAUUAUAUCAACGCCAGUCUGUUCAAGGUCUUCUUAAAAGAGUGGGAGUUAGCUGCAUCAUAAACCUACUUUAUUGCUAUCCAGUCAUAUUUGAAUUAAAAACAGGAGAUCUAGAAUUAAACACUAUUUUUAAGAGAAAGUGCCUGUUCCCUUAGCUUUGCAAAGAACUUUAGCUAUUCCUAAGGGCCUACUUCUUUGAAAGAGUGUAUCAGAGUUACUUCAAAAUGUCUGAAGCUUUAAGAUGAUGGUAUCAGAGAGGCAUGCGAAGGUACUAUAAAGUUCUAUUUUACCAUCAAUAUUUACUUCCAUCUAUCAGAUGACGAAAAUCCAAGUCUUAACUUGUCCUAACUAGGUUUAUCAGCCCUCAGUUCCUUUAUCAAAGUUUUCUCCAUUCAGAAAAUUCUUAAGAGAAAAUAUAAACCCAGUAACUUAAUAUUGACAGAAUUUAUGAAAUAAGAGCGCGGUGGGAAACCAGUUGACACUCCAAAAAGAUUUUGCCUAAAGCCUCUUAUGCAGGUGAAAGCUAUUGCUGUAGGCUCAGGCAUCAGAGAAACUCUCUUUGGCACUAUCUCCUAACUCUGAGGCUAACUUCUCACAGGAUAACAGUGUACUUGUAGUUUGGUUUUCUGAUGUUCGUUCUGAGGUUCUGAUGUUCUACAAAUUUAUGUACUAUGGGUAACCACCCACUCCAUCCACGAAGACUCAUAUGUUAUGAAUAUGCAUCAAAUCUAAUAAAAGCUGACAUAUUCAGGCUUAGUGGCUCUAUUUCUGUAGUUUGGCUGCAACUGAUAUGCUGAAAUUCAGUCUGGGUAAUCGAUGAAAUAUGUGUUAUGAAAACCCGAUAAAAGCAUACUAGUAAUCUUCUGAGUCUUCAUUGAAUUUUUCUAAUGGGCUGUAAAUGAAGAGCACCGUAUAUGGAUUUAGCCAUCCUUAGCUCAGGUGUUAACAAUUUCUAAGAAGCCAGAUAUACCGAGGUUUAAUCCUCAUUUUGCUUAUCACCCAAAAAUUCAAUAACUUGUGCAUGAAAAUUCUGAAACAACCAAAGCACUUUGAAAAUGGAGGUACUUCAGCAGCUGUGCACGAACUGAAAUAUCUGGCUAGGCUAACGCUAUAAGCUUGUUUCAACAUGCCUAGUCAGAUUAGGGAUGCGCAAGCUCCAUCUACUCAGUUAUGCUAGCUUUGUAGGAUUAAAUGAAUUUGAAGAGUUUUUACAAUAGUCCCAAAUCCAUAAUCAAUAGAUUUUUCAAAAGUGUUCUCAGUCAGAAUUGGCCUAGUAACAGGGUUUAGAGAACAUCUAGUCGAAUUCAAUCAAUUAGAUGGCCAGAAAUCUUCCAAUUUAGCAAAUCGGGCAACAUUAGCAAGAGUUUAUGGAAGCUGGAAAUAAUAUUAAUAGGAUUUCGGUUCUAAAAUCUUUUAGAGAAGCCUCUAUUGCUCUUCAGCAUCCAAGGUGUUGUUAGAUUGCCUUAGUAACUUAAAAUUUGAAGGGUUCAGAUUACUAAGGCUAAGGGGUUAAGAUAUUUCUUAGUUUUUAGUAUUCAAAUGCUCCAAAAUACUGACUCUGGAAGAAUAAGUUAAUCAAAGGAAGGCCUAUCGCAAGCCUGGAGGCUCAGGAGUGGGCCAAUGUAUUUUUCAUUUUCAGACGAUUUUAGAUUUGAGAGAUAAGCCAUGGUGUAAGUUGCUAAAAAGUAUGAUUUG